GCGACUAGAUCUCCAACAGCUGUUUUUGAUUCUGGCUCAUUCUACAAGGAAUAUUGCGCGUUCACAUUCUAGUUGGAACUAGGAAACUCGGAAAAAUUCGACUAGCCAACUGGUUGUACACGUGCGGUGAUCAACGAAUUAGCAAGUCGGAAAUGUCUGAACUUCCUAGUUCCGACUAGUAUUUGAACGCAGCAUACCUAUGGAUAUGUAUUGACGCAGGGCCUGAUUUUGCUCGAGUUAUUGUACCAUUUUGGUACAGGAAUAUAGAUAUGUUUUAUAUUUUCAACUUGGCGUUUUUGUUUCUUUUGCAUUCUCUAAGAGCAGAGGGAGGCUCAAAUGCACGCCAGUCUUCUGUGAAGGUAUUCGCCGAAGACUCACCAUCUUACCUCGAACUACCUGUGUUCCAGCACUCAAGGGUGCCGCUGGUAGACAAGGAGCAUUUCUCUCCAGUCCGUGGAACUGGACACGAACAAUUACCGGAUAAAGUUAGGAAAAUACUGGUCCCGGUGUACCCAACACAGAAGCCCUCUGGUACAAAAAGUCAAGCCCGCGAAGUGAUAACACUUUGUAACAUCAACAAGAUGUUCGUGCAGGUAAAGAAAAACAUUUUGGGCACCGGGAGUUCACUGUCUCAACUGACACUCGGAACAUGCCAAGCCAAUAAAUCUACAAAAGUUUCCCUCAUCUUCGAAUACGACCUCGGCCUCUGUGGGAGCAAGCGCUCGUUAGUAAAUAAUCGUGUGGCCUACUCCAACACUCUCCGAUAUGAUCCCCCGAAGCUCCAAGGGCCUAUCAGACGAGCUGCGCCAUUCACAUUGCGAGUUGUCUGCCACUUCAACAGAUAUCAUUACUCCUACAAAAUAGGCUACAUGCUGAACGUGGUACACAAGGUCUCUAAACCAAUGAAGAACAGAACCCGUUCCAUGCUCACUGCACGUAAUGCUCAAUGGGAGAGACUUGCCCCAUCCGAUGGGUACUCUAUGGGAAAGCCCAUGUACUUUCAGGUUGAAGUGCCUUCCAUGUCUAAAGAUGGACGUCUCUAUGUCCACUCAUGUAAUGUGACCAUUAAGCAGUCACACUCCUCUACGCCUCAGUUCACUGUCAUUGACAAUUUUGGGUGCAUGGUUGAGAGCAAAAACAACAGUGGCUCCAGAUUCAUCCCAUAUAAAAGGAAUGUUGUGAGGUUUACCAUGGAAGCCUUUCUGUUUCAGGGAAUGACAGCAGGGCAGCUCAAGCCGCCGCUUCAGCCACAGCAGCUCUACAUGUACUGUGCUAUGUCUGUGGGGAGGUCUGUCCCCUCUUCAACUGCGAAGGCCUGCACUUACGAUUCCGCAGCAGGAGGAUGGAAGGAGCUUUAUGGAGCUUCUUCAGUCUGCUCCUGUUGUGAGUCCACAUGUAGCUCUGCUGUCCCCUCUGCUACCACCAAGAUGGUCACCAGCAAGUCGUGGUCGGUGGAAUACAGCACAAAGCCUGCCCAGGAGUUGACCACAACCUCACAGCCCGAGACCGUUGUGGCGGGGCAGUUAGGUGUGAGGCAGGUGGAGAGACUUAAAGAGAGGCCUGUGAAGGGAUUUGCUGUUGUGGAAGUGGAGCAGGUCUCUGAACCACACAGAAUAUUCGAAGAGUUCUUUGGUGUGGACAAAUAGACAGCAAGUGUGGUCACUGCCCGAUGUUCAUGUCGAUAAUUCAUUUUGGCAAUAAAACAAAUUACUGAUA